AGUAUGGAUUCACGAUGUCAUCGAUCACCUUUGGGCUAGUGGACCACGCAGCACGCCCAGUGUGUUAGCUAAACUACAGUGGUGAUGUUUUUUCUACCUUCUAGAUAACCUGCAGCUACUUGAAAAUGACAGAUUACGCCGAAGAGCAGAGAAAUGAGCUGGAGGCGAUCGAGUCCAUCUAUCCGGACUCAUUUACAGUGCUUUCAGAUGAUCCCACCAGCUUCACCAUCACUGUAACAUCAGAUGCAGGAGAGAACGGUGAAACUGUUGAAACAACAUUAAAGUUCACAUAUGUAGAGAAAUACCCAGAUGAGCCACCACUGUGGGAAAUUCACUCCCAGGAAAACCUAGAGGACAGUGAUUUGGAGGAGAUACUCGCCUUACUGCAGCAACAGGCAGAAGAAAAUCUGGGCAUGGUGAUGAUUUUCACUCUGGUCACAGCUGUUCAGGAGAAACUCAAUGAGAUAGUGGAUUUGAUGAAAAACAGACAAGAAGAAGAGAAACGGCGGAAAGAGAGGGAAGCAGAGGAAGCAGAAAAGGUGGCGUUCCAGGGCACAGUUGUCACCAUUGAGAAUUUCCUGGCGUGGAAAGCCAAUUUUGAGCUUGACAUGGCCGAGCUGAGAAGAAAAAAACAGAAAGAGGAGGAGCAGGCGGGAAAACCCAAACUCACCGGCAAACAGCUGUUUGAGAGAGACCACAACCUUGACACAUCUGACAUUCAGUUCCUCGAAGAAGGUGGAAACAACGUGGAAGUGGACGAGUCGCUGUUCCAGGACAUCGAGGAUCUGGACUUAGAUGAGGAUGACCCAGACUUCGAUCCUUUAGAAAUGGGCAGUGACGAGGAUUAAAACAAGGACUGAGGACUGACAGAGUGAUUGGAACCUGCUGCUCUCUGGAAUAUCAGACACAUUGAAGAAGAUCAAACAGCUGCAUUUAUUUUCUAAAAGACUCGGCAGCAGUUGAGAAGUGAAUCUUCAUUAAUACAAUAUAAACAUACAACUCUGAGUUCAUUUGUAUGCUUGAGCUAUUAAAUUUACCAGAUAAAUGUGGAAUUCGGCUGUGGUGCUGUGUGGUGUUCGGGAUGUGAACGAAGACGCAGGAACAACCUUUGACCAAAAGAGGGCGGUAUAAUGUGUCACAUGGCCAAAAUGGAAUAUGUAUGGAGAUUCUUAAAAGUAUAAACAAAGUCAGUUUAUAGACCAAAAUGCACCCCAAGCUCCGAUUAAAGAUGCUGCUCUCA